CCUUUGUUCACCUCUGACCCAUGCAUCCUCCACCAACAAGACAGGCCCAUAUACGUACGGGAACUCGUAGAGCAGAUCCACAGAUAGAAACAGAUGGUGUGCUGAACCGAAGCAGCGAAGCAGAGCAGUGCAUUCGCUCAGCCCCCAGAAACUCUCAAGGACCCCCCCCCCUAGACCACCUAGUCUUUUGACUCGAAGCCAAGAGAUGCUCGAGCUGUCUGCUGUCAGACCUCCUUAUCCCGCCUUUGUCUAGCCCUGCCUCCUUCAAUAUCAUCCCCUGCCCUGUCAUGUACUGCCCUAUGGGUUCGCCGUGGUACAACGGCAAGGUAAAAGGGACGAGGGUUACCGUUCCUGUCUGUUGUGGACUGUGACAUUUCUCUCUUCAUUACUCAGCUUCUCCCGCCUCGUUUCUCCUCCUCCUCUUUCUCUCGUUUUGUUUCUCUUUUGUUUCGUCGCUUUCACUCUUGACCUAGAAACCUGCUUGCUCUACUCAAGCUGUUCCUCAGUGUUAACUAAUUCACAAUGGUUUCAAAGUCAUUGCUAGUCCUCACGGCGGCUCUUGCUACGGCCUGGGCUCAAACAACAACAGACGAACCUACAGCAACAGCAGAGGAGUCUUCCACAGGAACUUCAUCUGGAGAGGCAGUAACACACACUGUCAAUGUUGGAGCAUCCGGUCACAAGUUCACACCAAACGAGGUCAAGGCCGAGGUUGGUGAUAUUAUUGAAUGGCGCUUCUAUCCCACCGACCACUGGGUUAUUCGGGGAGACUAUGACAACCCAUGUAUCCCCUAUGAGUAUAUCGGCGUCAACCGCCAGGGUUUCUCAAGUGGCACACAAAAGGUUCAGGCCAUCACCGACGAUGGCCCUCGAUACCGAGUUCGCGUCAACAACACUGAUCCUUUCUUCUUCUACUGCGGAGCUCCAGAGUCCUGCUCCAAGUGGAAGAUGAUGGGUGUCGUCAACCCUUCCAAGAAUGAGACAAUUGAAGGAUGGCUCAAGAACGCAGAGGACGUCGACAUGCAACUACGACCCGGAGACCCUUGGCCAAAGGAGGGAGAGUCAACUUCUACUGGCGCAACAUCUGAACCGACCGCCGACAACAGUGAUGAAGAUGACGAGAGCAGCGGAAGCGGCAAGAAGUCUCUCUCUACUGGAGCCAUUGCUGGUAUUGCCGUCGGUGGUGCUGCUGUUCUUCUCCUCGCUGGUGCUCUUCUCUACCUCUGUGGACGACGAGGUGGCUUCGACAAGGCCUAUCGCAAGAGUUUCCGCAACAGUGUUCCUUCUGCCCCUCCAGUUGUCGAGAACCCUUACUCGCCUCACCCAAGUGUCGCCGAUCCCUGGGCUGCUCAGAAGAGCCCUGGGCUUGUGGCUGCUCCUUACGGCCAGAGCCCUCCUCUCAGCCCUCACCAGUCGAUGCCCUAUGGAACACACCCCGGCAUGGUCGCUCAAGAUGGAACCCCCAUUUCAUACCACGAGGGUUACCAUCAACCACCCAUGGCCGCCUCUCCCGCUACAACUCCCAAGCCUCACGAGCAAAUCGCCCCCGUGGAACUUCCUGGCUCUCCAGACCCCAGCCAUUCUCCUCUCCCCGCGUACAACAACAACAAUGACGGAAGGGGAUUCUCAUGGAACGGAGAUGAGCAGGGAUACCGUCCCACGAAAUAGUUGUCACGUAUGCGAAAUCCAACAAGGCAGGCCGUACAUAUUACGGUGUAUGCGAAUCACUAUAAAGCGGCGUUCAACGGGAGUGUCAUGUUACACGGGAGUUCUGUAGGGAAAGCAUUUUGUGAUGAUGCGGUUUUUGUGUUUUUUUUUUAAAACUCACUUAUACUUUACGAUAUCAGAGAUUUUUAAUCUUGUGGAUGGCUUAGGGAUAUCUCAAACUUCAUACCCUGGACUUGGAUUCAGUCAUUCACAGUUAUAGCUUGUUAGUACUAUGGAAACAAUAAGUUAUUUUACUAUAUGAGUUUAUUAAAGUGUACCAAAUUCAAGAUCUAAAGGCACCAACCAUAGACGUAAAAACUCAUCAAAAACCUG